CAUUCCUGACGUUUUGAUUAUGAGGAAGUGACAUGUUUCGUCGUCGAUUGUUUGGUACAGCAUCGAAAGUUUAGUUUCUUGUCUUUCAUUUUUUCUAUUUACAUUUCGAUCACAUAGUUUUGAAAAACAUUACAUAAUGAGUAAAAUUUCCAAGUUUUUCAAAGUAGGGUCGACUUCGAAAAACCAAGGUCCGACCCCACAAGAGGCGAUUCACAAACUCAGGGAGACUGAGGAAAUGCUAACUAAAAAACAGGAGUACCUGGAAAAUAGAAUACAACAAGAGCUAGUCACUGCUAAAAAGCACGGUACCAAGAAUAAAAGAGCUGCUUUACAGGCACUAAAACGAAAAAAGAGAUUCGAGCAGCAGCUGUCUCAGAUUGAUGGAACAAUUUCUACCAUCGAAUUCCAGAGAGAAGCGUUGGAGAAUGCAAACACAAAUACAGAAGUGUUGAAGAAUAUGGGAUAUGCAGCUAAAGCCAUUAAAGGAGCUCAUGAGAACAUGGACUUGGAUAAAAUUGAUUCGCUUAUGCAGGACAUUACUGAGCAGCAAGAUGUUGCACAAGAAAUCUCAGACGCCAUCUCCCGACCAGUUGGAUUUGGGGAGCAAUAUGAUGAGGAUGAGCUGCUGGCUGAGCUGGAGGAGUUGGAACAGGAGGAACUUGACCAGAACAUGGUUAGCAUGGGAGGACUGCCCAGUGUUCCAUCAGCAUCUCUGCCAUCUAGGCCAGUUUCCAAGAAGAAGGUGGAUGUUAAUGACGACCUUGACAUGGAACAGCUGGCAGCCUGGGCAACAUAAUUUGUUUAAAAAAAUAUUUACAUGUUUACUUACAAAAGACUACGUUUUAGAUUUCAGUAUACUGAACAUGUUCUAGUAUUGUGGGUUUUUUACUUUGUAUUGAGGUGCUUGUGGGGAUUUUGUUUUUUUACAGUUUUUCUGGAGUGAAAAAACUGUAUAUAUAUAUAUAUAUAUAUAUAUAUAUAUAUAUAUAUAUAUAUAUAUAUAUAUAUAUAUAUAUAUAUAUAUAUCUUUAAACACUAAGUGCUUUUUUUCUAAGCUUGUAAUCAAGACAAAAACCCAGCAUUCAUUGACACCAGAGGGCCUGGUGACUUAGUAACUAUAAUAUUACAACCAGAUAUUGUUAAAAGGGUGUAAUUGUUCUUUACUGUUGGAUUAGCCAACGAUAAACCUACUCUGCACUGCAUUUUAAUUAUUGAAGGUCUUAUAUCACUUUCAAGGUUGUGUUGCACAUGAAUUAUAGGACAUGCUUCUGAAGAUGUACAGCAUGACGCCAGCAUGUCUCCUAAGAUUGGGAGAUAGUUUGUAUUUAAUUAAUUCGCCAUUGAAGUGACUGUUGUGGGGUUGUAUGAAAAACAUCUUGCUCAGAUCUCAUUCUUACUCCAAGAUCACAAAAUUACGCUAAAUAAUGUGCUGAACAAUGUAUUUCUUAUUACAGGUGAUUUCCUCUUUAAAUGCAAUGUAAUAAUAUAUCAAAUGCAUUGUGAUUAUUAACUCUUGUUGCACCACUUUGUACUGCUUUUAAAAAAAAAACUUGUAAGGACAAUCAUCAGAAGAAGGCAUUGUACCUGUAAAUGUUUCUGCAUGAAUUUCUUGACAAUAUAUGGCCAUCAUUUGCUUUGAA